AUGGAGACGACGGAGGCGCCGCAGGUCAUCGAGCACCAGCACCAGUCGCUCAACUUCACGCCGUACGAGACCAAGUGGGUGCCCUGCAGCGCGCGCUUCGUGUGCUGCGGCAUCAGCCCCAAGGCCAAGGGCGUGCUCCAGAUCUACGAGCUCAAGGGCGGGAAGAUGGAGGUCGUCGCGGAGAAGACGCACGACUGCGGCCUCAAGUGCGGGACGUUCGGCGCGUCGUCGCUCGGCGAGCGGUCGUUGGCGACGGGCGACUACAAGGGCGGCCUGCACGUCUUCGACCUCGAGCGGCUGGACGCGCCGACCUUCUCCGUGCCGGGUGCCCACAAGGCGAUCAUCAACGGCAUCGACGGCGUCGGCGGCCUGGGCAUCGGCGGCGGCGCGCCGGAGCUCGUCACGGGGUCGCGCGACGGCUGCGUCCGCGUCUGGGACCCGCGCGUCCGGGAGCCCGUCGUCUCGCUGGAGCCCGUCGAGGGCCAGCCCGUGCGCGACUGCUGGUGCGCGGCCUUUGGGAACUCCGUCGGCGACGAGCGCGUCGUCGCCGCGGGCUACGACAACGGCGACGUCAAGCUCUUCGACCUCCGGACCAACGCCAUGCGCUGGGAGACGAACGCGUCCAACGGCGUCACCUGCGUCGAGUUCGACCGCAAGGACAUCGAGAUGAACAAGCUUGUAGUGACGACCCUCGAGUCGCGGUUCCGCGUCUUCGACCUCCGGACGCAGCACGCGGACGACGGCUUCGCGCACUGCACGGAGAAGGCCCACAAGGCCACGGUCUGGCUCGCGCGCCACCUGCCCCAGAACCGCGACGUCUUCAUGACCGGCGGCGGCAACGGCGGCUUCAACCUCUACGCCUACCACUACCCGAAGAAGCGGACGGCGACGCACAAGGACAACGCGCCCGUCGGCGUUCCGGGCACGGUCGAGCUCCUCAACUCGCGCGUCAUCUCGACGCAGCCCAUCGUCUCCUUCGACUGGUCCCCGGACAAGGAGGGCCUCGCCGUGCUCUCCUGCCUCGACCAGACGCUCCGCGUCUACAUCUGCACGAAGCUCGACCGGUACUGA